CACCAGAUCUCAGCCUAGCAGACAGCUCUGUCCUCCUCUCUCCAGCCACUGAGGCACAAUGAUACCAUUAAGGAUUUUAAUUUUCACAUAUGUAAUGCUCCCAUGGAUAGUGUCUUCUGCAGCAAAGGGUGAAUACAUGGAAGCAAGAACACCUGCAAAAGCUACGGUACGUGCGUCGGACUAUGGCGUCCUGCAAGACACAGAUACUGAUGGUGGAGUACCUUCAAAAGCAGAAGUUUUGCCAACAUGUCUACUGUGCGUUUGUCUGAGUGGAUCAGUUUACUGCGAGGACGUGUCCCCUGACAUGUCAGCCGUGCCAACGCUGCCAAAGGAAACGGCGUAUCUCUAUGCUCGCUUCAACAAAAUCACAAAAAUACACAGGGAAGACUUUGCAGACACGGCUACUUUAAGAAGAAUCGACUUGUCUGGGAAUCUCAUCUCUGAGAUAGAAGACGGAUCUUUCUCCAAACUUCCCAAUCUUGAGGAGCUCAAACUUGCAGAAAACAGAUUGACCAAACUUCCCAUGCUGCCAUCCAAGCUAGUAACUUUUAAUGCCAAUUUCAACAGGCUUAAAACCCAGGGUGUAAAGGCAAAUGCUUUUAAAAAACUCACGAGACUGGCAUACCUUUACCUUGGAGACAAUGAACUGACAGCCGUCCCCCAUCUUCCAGAGUCUCUUUACGUUGUUCAUCUGCAUAACAACAACAUCUCAACAAUAACAGAUGAGACAUUCUGCAAAGGAAACACAAGCCACUACAUUCGGACCAACAUGUACGAGGUGAGACUGGAUGGGAACCCCCUGAAGCUGUCGGAGCACCCUAACAGCUUCAUCUGUCUGCAGUCUCUCCCUAUUGGCCGGUACAAGUGAAACACAAAAAGAAACUGAGGCAGACUUUGUGAAUCAGUUCUAGAGCCCGACCAAUAUAGGAUUUUUAAAACCGAUACCAAUAUUUGGAUAUUUAAAAAUCUGAUAUAUCGGCCGAUAUUUUUUUUCCUUUUGGGCAGACAAAACAAAGAUUUCCCUGGCAUUUCUUAUAUCUAGUUAUUCAUGAGUCCGUACUAAGGUAAUGUGACAAAGUUGUGGAUUUACACUUUGCCCAACUCCAUUCAAAUCAGCUGGCUGUUGUGUUCAUCGCAUUUCGAACAUAUGCUGCCAACAGGAAAGUUGCGGUGUGUCCUCUGAUGGCCAAGCUAUGCAACAUCAUAAUGCCUCUUCUUUACUUGUUAAUGAAAUCGUUAUGGACGUAUCUGCAGAUAGCCAAUAUCGGCUGAUAAUAUCGGCUGGCCGAUAUAUCGGUCGGGCUCUAGUGAGUUCUUGGUAAAGUGAAGGAGAGUGGGAUUAAGAUGCACAGUUAGUGCACUGAAAAAAAUAGAAAUAAUGAAAAAUAAAGUUCUUAAGUGACAUUUUUAUAGUGAUAUAUAUAUAUAUAUAUAUAUAUCACACAGUUGAAAACUUACAUAAUUAGAAAUCUUUUAUAACAAAAAGAUUUGAUCGACAAAUGAAACAGUGUGUUUUUUGUUUAAAAGCAAUAUCCAAAAUAAAAACACCUUUAGUCAUUUUUUUAGUUGGUACAUGGCAAAGAUGGUUUCUCUUUUUUAAUUUUUUUAUAUGAGGCAUUACAAUGAUGAGAUCUCAAUAUGGUUUUCACAAGCAAAUAAUGCCUUUGUCAAUAUUAUUUUCAUCUUUCUGAAACUGAUGCUUCUACCCUGUUGCUUUAUACUGCAGUGCUGCAAAUGAAGACUAUACAAAUAAUAAAACCUGCAUGUUGGAAGUCAUUGCA